GUAGCAGUUUAUUCGCAGAUCUCGAGAAGAACGGUCCAAAAUUUGCAACUCCGUCGGUUCAGGCAAAUUCGCGUGGUCUCUCGGUUUUAUUUAUAAACGAGGGGAAUUUUUUGUUGAAAACAUCGCUAUUUUGGUGAACUAGAAUGCAGGAAGCAAGUGUAAAAGUGGCUGCCAUGAAACUGGGCGUAAAAUUCAGCCUCAAGCGAGUUGUUUGCCAGCUAAAAUUGCAGUGAGCAAAAAAGUAUAUUGACACGCGUUUGAGUCGAAUCGCGGCCUACUGAGAUGGACAUUGUCGGAAUUCCGUCGGAUCGGUUGCCCUGUGAAGGAAUUAAUCACCCGUAAGUGGUUCAGUUCCAAGGACAGGGAUUGAACGAGCGCAGCUGCGAAUAAAUCAGCAGCAGAUCAGGCAAAAUCUCCUUUUUAGAGGAAGAAUCCGCAAGUGGGUGUUCUUGUUAUUUUCCUUGUUUCUUCGUAUCUUCCGACGACAACGACGACGGUGAGAUAUUUGUUCUUCCUACACACACUCCGUCCGUGGUCCAAUCCAAUUCAGGUGAUGGUGAGCGAAUGUUGAAAUAAAACAAACAAGGAAUAACUUAUUGUGGAAUGGAGUGAGUUUGGUAAAACCAGGAAGACAGUGUAAACAUUCCCAUCGAAACCGUACAGACCUCAGGUAGAAUAAGGUCUCAAAACACAGAUUCGGAUACGCACAACAACCGGGAUUCGUAGCAGAAUCAACACUAGUAACAAUGAGUUCCACCGUCGUGACCCGACAGGGCGCCCAAAAGACCAAAAUCACAACCCGAGCCCAGCGUGCGUCGGUCGAAGCAGCGGAAACCGAACGAAAGGCCAAAUUCUACGGAACCAGAAAGCCCAACCCAGCGCUCGCGGAAGCGAAAAAGCGAGGCAAGCUGAAAAUGUCCACGGAACCGAAGGAAGGGGCGGCCAAUCCGGACCAGAACGGUGGCGUUGUCCAGCUGAAGGACAUUUACGGCAGCGCGAUCGCCGCGACGGAACUGGUCCGCGGGCCGACCGGGCUGGUCUACGACGAGAAGUUUGCCGAGCAUCGGUGCCUGUGGGACGACGGAUAUCCGGAGUGUCCGGAGCGGUUCACCCGGGUGCUGGAACGGUGCCGGGAGCUCAAGCUGGUCGAGCGAUGUGCCGUGAUUGAACCUCGGAUGGCCAGCGAGGAGGAGGUGUUGACGAAGCAUACGCCCGAGCAGUUGGAGAUUCUCAAGAGUACACGGGGCUCGCAGGAUGUGGCCGCACUGGAGGAACUAAGUUCGCAUUACGACGCGGUCUUUAUCCAUCCGUCAUCCUACGAUUGUUCGCUACUAUCAGCGGGUAGUACGAUCGAGCUGGUCGAUGCAAUUUUGGAGGGGCGUGUGCAGAACGGAAUGGCCAUCAUCCGGCCGCCGGGUCACCACGCCAUGAAGGCCGAGUACAAUGGGUACUGCUUCUUCAACAACGUGGCAAUUGCGGCGCAGCAUGCGCUCGAUAAGCGUGGACUGAAGCGGAUCCUGGUUGUCGACUGGGACAUCCACCACGGACAGGGAACACAGCGGAUGUUUUACGAUGAUCCGAGAGUCCUGUAUUUUUCGAUCCAUCGCUACGAGUGCGGAACGUUCUGGCCAAACCUGCGCGAGUCCGACUUUGACUGCAUCGGCGAAGGCGCUGGACUGGGCUACAACUUUAACGUCCCGCUCAACCGAAUCGGAAUGACCAACGGAGACUAUCUGGCCAUUUGGCAGCAACUAUUGCUACCGGUGGCACUGGAGUUCGAUCCCGAAAUGGUUCUGGUUUCGGCCGGUUAUGAUUCCGCACUGGGAGAUGAAAAGGGCCAAAUGGAGAUCACGCCGGCGUUUUACCCUCACCUCCUUUCACCACUGAUGUCCCUUGCGCAAGGCAAGGUCGCCGUAGUCCUGGAAGGUGGCUAUUGCUUGACGUCUCUCGCCGAAGGAGGCGCGUUAACGUUGCGUGCCCUGCUGGGAGAUCCGUGUCCGCUGCUGGUCGAGAAGCUUCAGCCGCCGUGCGAAAGCAUGCAGCAGACCAUUCUGAACUGCGUCCAUUCGCAUCGACCGUACUGGAAGAAUUUGCAGCUGAACGCGACGUACGGAUUGGAAGAGUUGAACAACGUUAAUCCGCAGCCAAACUUUCACCAAGUUAUUCAGUAUUACGUCCAGCAGGAGCCAAAGCCGGAACCGGUUCGAUAUGAAACGAGACAUUGUUAUCCCGUCCAGGCUAGUGAAGAGAAGAAUCGGAUCGAGGAGAGGCUAGCUAUGCUGCAGAUUGCAACCAGGUUGACCUUCCCGGCGACCCGGGUUUGCUACGUGUACGACGAUCUGCUGCUCGAGCAUCGCAAUCUGCACGAGGAUCUUCAUCCGGAGCAACCGCAACGAAUAGCCAGAAUCUUUUCGCGCCACGAAGAGUACAAACUGUUACCACGAAUGAAGCGACUUAAACCACGCCACGCGACCACUGACGAACUGUGUCUGGUGCACUCGCGCCAGCACGUGAACGUGAUUCGGAGGACGGUCGAGCGGGAAGAGAUGAAGCAAGUGGCGGACAAGUUCAACUCCGUGUACUUCCAUCCGAAGACGUUCGAGUGCGCCACGCUGGCGACCGGAUCGGUGCUACAGGUCGUUGACGAAGUGCUGAACGGGCAGUCCCGUAGCGGUGUGUGCAUUGUACGACCGCCGGGGCACCACGCCGAGUCGGAUAUGCCGCACGGAUUUUGCAUCUUUAACAACGUGGCCAUUGCGGCGCAGUACGCAAUCCGCGAUCACGGGCUGAAGCGAGUGUUGAUCGUUGAUUGGGACGUGCACCACGGUAACGGAACGCAACACAUCUUUGAGAGCAACCCGAAGGUCCUUUACAUGUCAGUCCAUCGGUACGACAACGCGACCUUCUUCCCAAAGAGCAAGGAUGCGAAUUACGACUCCGUGGGAAAUGGCACCGGUGAAGGCUUCAACGUUAACAUUCCAUGGAACAAGAAGGGCAUGGGAGAUCAAGAAUAUGCCGCAGCCUUCCAACAAGUCAUCCUACCGAUCGCGUACGAGUUCGAUCCGGAACUGGUCCUAGUUUCAGCUGGUUUUGAUGCCGCCAUUGGUGAUCCACUCGGCGGUUGCAAGGUCACGCCGGAAGCAUACGGACACUUCACCCACUGGCUUUCCUCGCUGGCCAACGGUCGUGUGAUCGUGUGCCUCGAGGGAGGUUACAACGUAAACUCAAUCUCCUACGCGAUGACCCUCUGUACAAAGUCCCUCCUGGGUGAUCCACUCCCGAUGCUACACGUCAGUCAACGCUACAAUGGACCAAACGCUGCCUGCGUCGAAUCGAUCCGAAAUGUGCUGUCGGUGCAGGAAAAAUUCUGGAAGUCGCUCAAAUUCAACAAAAAACUACCCGACUUUCGCAGUGCCACAGGCGAAACCGACCUGAACAGCGCCUUCGGUAAGCUGCAACUUUCUGCGGGAACCUCUGGAUCUUCGACCGACUCGUCCCCAGCGAAGAACUCGAGCGACGAUUUGGGCGUUCCGUUCGAUGGUGACGAUCAACCCGGACCAAGCCGAAGACGGAACAAGCAAACAACUGAGGGUCAACAGAGCGCAUCCGGUAGCAGUGGAGCCGGUGACGGAUCUUCCAAUUCGGGAACGAAGCAAGAAACGUUGCAGGAUUUCCUAGCUGCAAACUUAGAGGCCUUACAAAACGAGGAAAUGUUUGCCGUCAUCCCGUUACGAGACUGCCCCCACCUUAAGGAACUCAACCCCGACAACAUCCCCGAUAAAAUUAGUACAAACGCUCCGUGCACCGGCUGCGAGUCCUCCGUGGAAAACUGGGUCUGCCUGCUGUGCUUCAACGUGUGCUGCGGCCGCUACAUCAACGAACACGCAAUCGAACAUGCCACGGUCACGGAACAUCCGCUCGCGCUAAGCUUCAGCGAUCUGUCCGUGUGGUGUUACAAGUGCGAGUCCUACGUCGACAACCCGGUCCUGUACCCGUACAAGAAUCUCGUGCACCAGGACAAGUUUGGCGGCGAACAGCUCGUUUGGUCGUACGGGAGUGAUCUCGUCCUCGAUGUGAAACCGCCAACGACCAAAACGAAAGAAUGAUAUUUAUUUUUAUCCAAGAUUCUUAUCAAACUGUGCAUGCUUUAUUUGGUAAACUACCUUAUAAAUGCCUACUCGAAGUAAGUUUUUUUUAACGAACCAUAACGUUAUUUAUUGUUAACUUUUCAAACCCAUUCUUCAUCGAUCCACCGUGAACUCGGAUGUUAACAUUUUUAAUUCAAACUUUCACAACUGCUCAGCACACAAAAUGAGCAAAUGUUAACCAAUUUUUAAUUCAAACUGUAUCUGUUAAUUUCAGUUUAACAAACGAGACACGCACGUUCAAAUUUAUAGUAAUUAAACGCGUAGCACUUUACACUAAUGAAUAUAAAACCUACGAUGUGUUAACCAAAGAUAAGUGGGAUAGCUUAAGCAAAAAAAAAAAAUAAAUAAAUAAGAAUAAGACAUAGGGACCAUCCAUAAACCACGUGGACACUUUUUUGGGAAUCUGUUACCCCCCCCCCCCUCGUGGACAAUUGUCCAUACAAAAAAAACUUUUUUGUAUGGAUCGUGGACAAUCGCCAUACCCCCCCCCCCCCCUAGAGUGUCCACGUGGUUUAUGGAUGGUCCCAUAAGGAAAAGAUUGUUGACCAAUGUUGAUCAUUAUAUUUUUUGGUUAGUUUCGAGGGGUAGGAACCUGUGCAGACCUCAAACUGGAAACCUCACAUACCUGCCUGUUCUCGUCGAAUAGCAAAACAGGUAAAAACAAUAGGUACAAUAACAAGUAUAUAAAAAAACACAGUUGGCACCGUUCUCACACAAAUAUAACUGAAAAUAAUACAAAAUAAAACUAGACUAAAAUUAUUGACCCAA